AUGGGCCGACCGAUUCUACCAUGCCCACACCGGCUUCUACUACACCAUUUACAAACAAGGAUUGUGCUAACAACGUCAACAACAUCAGCAAAGUCCAUAAUCACAUUACCACCAAGUCGUCAUUUCACAACCAUUCCCAAAAAAUUGGGUGCACCCGCUGUGGUCAAGACACAAGUGCUGUUGCAAAAGCCGUUGCAAAAGCCGUUGCAAAAGCUGUUGCAAAAGCUGCUGCUGCAACAUCAACAACAACAAUUUCCCAAGACCGCAAAUGCUUCGGUAUCACCAUCGCCACUCGCUGAACAGCCAAGGAUCAACCAAGUUGGCAUCCAGUACUUAUCGAAACAAUUGCAUCGAAAAAUCUUUCCUGGAACUAGAACUGAUGCAUUUAUCAAAAAUAAACAAAAACAAGAGGUGCUUGAGAUAGCACAACAACACUUGCAGGACAAUGAAUUGCUCGGGAAAAAGACACAAAUAACCGACCCCAUAACUAUUGAGAAUUUUCCUGAUCUUGUAGGGAAAUCACUUGAUGAACAUUUCUACAAUUUGGGAACAAUAGCCUCGGAGCCAUAUAUGACUAUGGCCAAGGAGUUUUUUGCACAACCAUCACCACAACAAGAACAACAACAAGAACAACAACAAGAACAACAACAGUCCCAGCAGCAAGCACAAGAAUCAAAAAAUGGAAUUCCUUCCAUACCGCAUCAAGACAAAUGGGUUUUCCAACCUGGGUGGACGAAAUACACUGAAAAUGGAGAGCCAGAACAAGUGCCUUACCCAUUAGAAGAUGCAUUGGUGUUUGAUGUCGAGUGUUUAUACAAAAUCAACAACCAUGCAGUGUUGGCAACUUGCGCUUCAGCCAAGGCAUGGUAUGGAUGGGUUUCUCCUGCACUCUUACAAGUUUCUGAAAGGAAAAAGAAAAUGGAAAAGAAAAAAAAUAAUAAACAAGUCGAUUGGAACCAUUUGAUACCCAUGAACUGCGAGAAACAAGACAAACUAAUUAUAGGGUACAAUGUGAGCUACGAUCGUGCAAGGAUAUUAGAAGAGUACAAUAUAAAGAAAUCUAGGGCAUUUUAUCUCGAUGGAAUGGCCUUGCAUGUUGCGAUAAGUGGUAUUUGUUCAAGACAACGGCCACAAUGGCAAAAAUAUAAUAAAGAGAAGAAUAGAAAUAAAUAUAAUGGGCAAUAUGAGGACGAAGGUGGCGAGGAGGAUGAAAGCCAUCUUAUGGAUGACGAUCCAUUAAGGAUCACGCCGGCUCAAUUCGUCGAAGAGGAUCCAUGGUUACUUCGUGGAACACCAAACUCUUUGGCUAAUGUGGCCAAAUUUCAUUGCAAUAUUGAUAUGCAAAAAGAAGAUCGAGAAUUGUUUUCAUCCGAGGAUCCGCAAGUGGUGGUUGACAACUUUAAUAUGUUGAUGAAUUAUUGUGCUCACGAUGUUGAAGCAACUUUUAAAGUGACGCAGAAACUUUUUGAUGAGUUUCUCGAAAAAGUGCCACACCCAGUAUCAUUUGCCGCUUUAAAGCAUUUGGGCAAUUUAAUUUUGCCAACUACAAAGAAAUGGGUGAAAUAUAUUGAAUCUGCAGAGUCUUGUUACUCGGCUAAUAGAGACGAAGUUCAAAAUACAUUGAAAAAAUUGGCAGAGGAUUUGGUAGUGUAUAUUAAACAAAACAAACCAGACUUGGAACCGGAUCAUGCAAACGACCCCUGGUUGAGCCAAUUGGAUUGGACAUUGAAAAAGGCUCGAUUGAAAAAAGACGGAACACCAGUCAAGAAUAAUGCGUACUUGACUGGAUAUCCGGAAUGGUACAGGGAAUUGUUCAAGUCCAGUUCCAAGACUGAAAUGAAUAUUAGUUUGCGAACAAGAAUAACACCAUUGCUAUUGAGAUUAAAAUGGGAAGGGUACCCAUUAUUCUGGGUCAAGUCGCAAGGCUGGUGCUUUAAAGUACCUUAUAGUGAAGAACUCGUUGCUGAGUUGAAGGAGAAAAAUUACGUUCAAGUCAGAUUAACCGGAGACGAAAUAGAAUCGACGUAUGAUGCAUUGAACCCAGCUGGUCAGUCAUAUGUAUUGUUCAAAGUUCCUCAUCCAGAUGGUCCCACCCUCAGAUGUACCUCUGUUCUUUCCAAACGGUUUUUGAGAUUUUUCGACGAGGGUGUAUUAACAUCGCAGUAUGACUAUGCAGCAAAAAUCCUCAAGCUCAAUAACGAAGCUUCGUAUUGGAUGGGUAAUAGACAACGGAUCUCGGACCAAUUUGUUGUGUUCAAUGAUGAUGAGCGGAAAGCGAGGUUUUUUAAAACUAAAAAGGAAAACGCUGAACAUCUGGAUAUGGGGAUCAUUUUGCCACGCUUGGCGUCUAUGGGCACCAUAACGCGUCGUGCAACUGAAAACACAUGGCUUACAGCGUCAAAUGCGAAAAAGAAUAAAAUUGGUUCUGAGUUGAAAACGUUGAUUGAAGCACCAAAGGGUUAUUGUUUUGUGGGGGCCGAUGUUGACUCUGAAGAAUUGUGGAUUGCGUCGUUAGUAGGUGACUCAAUAUUUGGACUACACGGUGGUUCGGCAUUGGGGUGGAUGACGUUGGAAGGUGAAAAGUCACAAAAGACUGAUUUGCAUUCCAAAACAGCCAGUAUUUUGGGUAUAUCUCGUAAUGAUGCUAAAGUUUUUAAUUACGGAAGAAUUUAUGGUGCAGGUUUGAAAUUUGCCACCACACUAUUGAAGCAGUUUAACCCUAGUCUAAGUGAAAAAGAGGCAGAGGAUACCGCAAAGAAGCUUUAUGCCAGUACAAAGGGAAAGAUACGAGGGUCCAAAUCCGUAAAGAGCAAUAAAUUUUAUUCUGGUGGUAGUGAAUCUGUGAUGUUUAAUGCGUUGGAAGCUAUUGCGCAACAACCCAAGCCUAGGACACCUGUGCUUGGUGCUCAAAUUACUGAAGCAUUGACAAAAAGGAAUUUAAACAAGAAUACAUAUAUGACGUCACGAGUCAAUUGGACGAUUCAAAGUUCUGGAGUCGACUAUUUACACCUACUUAUUGUAUCGAUGGAUUAUCUUAUUGAAAGAUAUGGUAUAGAUGCCAGAUUAGCCAUUACUGUGCAUGAUGAGUUGCGAUAUCUUGUUAAAGAGGAGGAUAAAUAUAUGGCUUCAUUAUUGCUCCAAGUUAGUAAUGUUUGGACUCGUGGGAUGUUUGCUUACAAAAUGGGUCUUUAUGAGUUGCCUCAAUCGUGUGCAUUUUUCUCAGAGGUUGAAGUAGAUCAUGUGCUACGUAAAGAUCCCAAAGAUGCUUGUAUUACGCCCUCGCAACCAAAGCCCAUUCCACCGGGGGAGCUGACAACAAUUACAGAAUUGCUCAAGUUGUGUUCCUUGCCUGUAAAGAGGAGGAGACAACCACUUGCUAAAGGUUAUAUUCCAUCACAUUCUACUAUAUCUACACUUGAUCGAAGUUUGAAUAGUCUAAGGCUUCAAACAAAUGUGUUGAAGAAACGACGACGAGAAAAGGGGGAGGAGGAGCUUUAG